AUGAGUCAAACAUCUCUGAAACAGAAAAAGAAGAAUGAGACUGGAUCGAGGAACUCAAAAGACAGCCUAGACACAGAGAAAAGAAAGGAUUCUGAGAAAUCAGGAGUUCGUCUGAGCACUCAGAUGAGGCGUGCAGUCAAUCCGAAUCACUUGCUGAGAUGUUGCCCCAUGCGAGGUCACUCGUCGUGUAGACGCUGCCUUUGUGCAGCUGAGGGAACAGUACCUCUUGGCCCCUGCCGCACAAUACGUAUUUAUAUUCACAUGUGCCUGUUGUGGGAGCAGGGCCGGCAGAUCACCAUGAUCAGGGUGAGCAGAGAUCAAACUACUGAUUUUGGAGGGGAACCACAGGCAAUCUGGGGAUCACAGGAAUUAUCACUGCCAAAGACUGAUUCUCGAGGGUACCUUGUGCGAAAUCAGUGGUCCCGAACUUCACGAAGCCCAUCCACGAGAGGUCCAUCAAUAGACGAACCCAGAAGCAAGAGCGCCAGUCUUAAGCUCCCCAGUAGCUCCACGACCUCCCGGACUUCAUCCACCUCCCCCAGCCAGCAAGAGUCCCUGAAGCAGCUGUCAGAGCAGCCCUCGCCGCCCACGCCACCUUUGCCUUCCACUCCACCCAUGCCUCUCGACUCGCGUCCUCCCACCCCGCCGGAGCCCUAUAGCUCUUCCCCGCGCAGCACCAAGACGCUCGAGAAUCCCGAAGCCUGGGCUCAUGGCAUCGUGCGGGAUAUCCGGGACUCCACGCAGCAACGGGAUUACCCGCGCACGCCCCCCAGCGAAUGGAAGUCCUACAGCCGGCGCAGAUCGACCUACUCCUCCCCGCUAGACCGGGACUGUCUGUCGGAACUGCCCCGGCAGCAUCAGCAACGGGAAGAAGAGGAGGACGACGAGGAAGCCUACUGGGCCUCCGUGAAAACUCUAUAUGAGAAGAUCCCGAGCUGCUCCCGCCCCCGACCGCCCAAACCCAAGAAUGCCAUCACCAUCGCUGUGUCAUCCCGGGCGCUUUUCAACAUGGUGGAUGGCAGGAAAAUCUACGAGGAAGAGGGUCUAGAAAAGUACAUGGAAUAUCAACUCAACAACGAAAAUGUCAUCCUGACCCCAGGGCCCGCGUUCCGCUUUGUUAAGGCACUGCAGCAUGUCAAUGCUAGACUCCGUGAGCUGUAUCCUAAUGAACAGGACUUAUUUGAUAUUGUACUGAUGACUAAUAACCAUGCCCAAGUGGGAGUGCGGCUUAUAAACAGCGUCAAUCACUAUGGCUUAUUAAUUGACCGCUUCUGUCUGACUGGUGGAAAAAGCCCCAUUGGCUAUUUGAAGGCAUAUCUUACCAACUUGUAUCUUUCUGCAGAUUCUGAAAAAGUACAAGAAGCAAUACAAGAAGGGAUCGCCUCUGCAACAAUGUUUGAUGGAGCCAAAGACAUGGCUUACUGUGACACACAGCUCCGUGUGGCCUUUGAUGGGGAUGCCGUCCUCUUCUCUGACGAAUCUGAACAUAUUGCCAAGGAGCACGGGCUGGACAAAUUCUUUCAACAUGAAACAAUGUUUGAGAAUAAGCCUCUUGCUCAGGGUCCCUUAAAAGGCUUUCUGGAAGAUUUAGGCAGACUGCAAAAGAAGUUUUAUGCCAAAGACGAACGGUUACUUUGCCCUAUCAGAACCUACCUGGUUACAGCCAGGAGUGCAGCCAGUUCAGGCGCCCGAGUGCUGAAAACCCUUCGCCGCUGGGGUCUAGAGAUAGACGAAGCUCUUUUCCUUGCUGGAGCCCCCAAAGGUCCCAUUUUGGUGAAGAUAAGGCCCCACAUUUUCUUUGAUGACCACAUGUUCCACAUUGAAGCGGCACAGAAGUUCGGCACCAUCACAGCUCAUGUACCUUAUGGCAUUAGUCAAAAAAUGAACAAUUAG